AUGGUUAAGGUUACUGUUUGCGGUGCUGCUGGUGGUAUUGGACAACCCCUUUCAUUAUUAUUGAAAUUGAAUCAAAAUGUCGACGAAUUGUCACUUUUUGAUGUUGUGAAUGUUCCAGGGGUUGGUGCUGAUUUAUCGCAUAUUUGUUCUGAUUCCAAGACCGAAUCGUUUGUUCCAUCGUCAAAGGAAGACAAGAGUGCUUUGGCCAACUCAUUAAAGGGCAGUGAUUUGGUUAUUAUUCCUGCUGGGGUUCCAAGAAAACCGGGGAUGACUAGAGAUGAUUUAUUCAAUAUCAAUGCAUCAAUUGUCCGUGACUUGGCCCAAGGUAUUGCUGAAAAUGCUCCUAAAGCAUUUGUGUUGAUUAUCUCCAACCCAGUUAACUCGACUGUUCCAAUUGUUGCCGAAACUUUGAAGAAGAAUGGGGUUUUCAAUCCACAAAAAUUGUUUGGGGUCACCACUUUGGAUAUUGUUCGUGCAAACACUUUUAUUUCCCAAUUGUACGCUAAGGAAACCAAGCCUUCGGAUUUCAACAUUAACGUCAUUGGUGGUCACUCUGGUGAAACCAUUGUUCCAUUAUACUCGUUGGGCAAUUCUAAAUCGUACUACGAAAAAUUAUCUCAAGAUGACCAAAAGGCCUUAAUCCACCGUGUUCAAUUUGGUGGGGAUGAGGUUGUGCAAGCUAAAAACGGUGCUGGAUCCGCCACUUUAUCCAUGGCUUAUGCUGGUUAUAGAUUGGCCGAAUCGAUUUUGAAGUCUUUCAAAGAGUCUUCUGUUGUUGAAUGUACUUUUUUGAAUUUAGACGAUUCAAUCAAAGGUGCCAAAGAAGCCAAACAAUUAAUCAACGGGUUGGACUUCUUCAGUUUACCGGUCAAGUUGGGUGUUAACGGGAUUGAAGAGGUUCAUUACCAAGUUUUGCAACAAAUCUCCGAUGACGAAAAGAAGUUGUUACAAGUGGCCAUUGACCAAUUGACCAAAAACAUCGAAAAGGGGGUUGCCUUUAUUAAAAAUUAA